AUGAACAACACAGAUGAAAUAAAUAAUGAAGAAAAGAGAAUAUGCCAUCAUAACUUGAGAAAAAACAGGAAACCUCGAAGUUAUGAUUUUGAAUAUUUUGAUGAAUCGUUAAAUAAACCUAAAGGAAAAAGAAGGGGUAGAAAGAGAGGAAGAAAACCUCAAAAUGCGUUAAAUGUAAUUAAUAAAAGUACCAACUCAGUAAAUGUAGAAGAAAGAACUAAGAGAAGAUAUAAUAGAAAAAAAAUUAAAGACACGAAUAUAUGCGAACAAGAAAGUGUAGAAAAAGGAAAAAAUGAGGAUUUUAUUUUACACAAAAAUGAAAAUGUAGUAGAUAAUAAAAUAGUAGAUGUACCAAAAGUACGUACAAAAGGGAGAAGAAGAAAAAAAAAAGAUUUUAACAUGAACCAAAACAUGCAUUUGUUUCAUUCAAAUGUACGCUUACGAAAUGGUAAUAUUAAAAUUGAUAGAGUAUGUGAAUAUUUAACAUACAAAACGAAUACCACGUGGAGAUACAUGGGAUCAACUGUUAAAUUUAAACUUGUAGAUGAUCAACAAGAGAAGUAUAUUUUUUUAAAAAACAUGAAAAAACAUAUCAUAUUUGAAAUAAUCAAAAUUGCAAUGUUUGCAUUGCUGAAGGUUAAUUUAAAUGAUAACAAUAUUUACACCCUACAUAAAGAUAGAGAAAAAAGACAUAUUGGGGACUGUUACAAUAAACGUAGAGAUAUUCGAAGUGGCAAUAAUUACCAAGUGGGUAAAAAUGCCGGAAAUAAUUGCUUAAGUAGCAUUGUUCAUACUAGUAUCGAAACACAUUCAGGGAAAAAUAUCAACAGUAAUAACGAUCAUUCAAACCGCACCUCCCAUCAUCAUCAUCAUCAGCAGCAGCAGCAUAAUCAUCAUCAUAAUAAAAACAAAUGUAGCAGUGGUAAGGGAGACCUAAGAUAUGCUCCUAAUCCUAACCUCGCCACUGAGAGAUCCGUAGAUCAACAUCAAGAUAAUUAUACCCAUUGUGGAAAUCGUGAACAAUGCAAAGAUGGUAUCAGCCGUGCCAGAAGCAACAGCUUGAAAAAUAAAUCUCCAAGGGAAAGUGUUAUGUCUGUCUUAACACAGACACAUUAUGAUGACACAGUGGAAGAUAUUGAUAAAAGAUUAGAAGAAAAAAAUGACAUACUAAAUCAAGGAGUAACAGUUUCUGAAAUACUAGAUUUCGUAAAAGAGAAAUAUGAAAAACAUUAUGAAAGUGUUAAGCAAUAUAUUGUAACAGCAUUAAAUAUAUAUUGUGCACUAAAUAUAUUUAAAUUGAUUAGAAGAGGCAGAUAUUCUAUUUGCAGAUUUGAACAUUUUAACAUAUUUAAGGUAAAAUAUUUUAAAAAAUAUUAUAAAUUUUUUUAUACCUUAAAAGGGGAAGAAGAAAUUUUAAUGAAUAUCAAAAAUUAUUUAAAAUCUUUUUAUUUUGGAAAACUCGGGAGAAAGCCUAGAUCAAUAGUGAAUGGAAAUGUAGCCCAAUCGGCACACACCAAUGGAAUAAAUCAUGUCGAAAAAGAUGAUGGAGUCAAAAAAAGAGGAAGAGGAAAACCCCGAAAAAAUCAAAAAACAAGUCUACAAAUGAAGGAAAAUCUAGAGAAUCACCAACUGCAAAAAUGCACAGACAGUGUUGUAAUAAAGGAAGAACAAAUUCAUGUGAACAAUUCUACAGGUAUCCAUAUCCCUGAGAAGAAUAGUAUUAUUGAAAGUGAAAAUGUAGUGAGAGAUAUUAUUAACCAUUCGAAUAAUGAAGAUAAUACAAAAGUGCUUAGAAAAAAUAGUAAUAUAUAUAUAGAAGGUAGAGGAGUUGUUCAACCAGACCAUGCUGAGAAUAAAAAUGAUCUCCUACCAAAUGCAUUAGUAAACGAUUUUAACAUUGUAAGGAGAAGAAUAAGAAGAACAAAAAAUAAUCAAAAGGAACCAAAAGUAAUUAUAAAACGAAAGAGAAGGAGUAAGCCAAACAAUCAUUUAACAUCACAUUGUGAUGAGGAAAAAGUAAAAAAUUUUCGUAUUGAUUUGAAUAAAGUUAAUAUAAAAUGUAUUAAAGUAGUAUACGGAAUUAAACAUUUUUUUUGUUCAUACGAUACCAAAGGAACAAAUGAUGAAGAUUUUGAAAUUAUAAAAGUGCAAAAAAAGUAUGAUAUGUUAAGAAAAUCCAGCGUAGCAAACAUGAAUUUAAGAUAUAAUCUUUUCAAUAACUCAAAGAGAUUACUAAAUAAAAAUAAUAAUAAUCAGUAUAAUAAUAAUGAAAAUCCAUCCGUUAGUACGAAAAAUUUACUAUUAAGGAAUAAUAAUGGCAUAAACAUAAAUAUGAACGUGAAUAAAGAUGAACAACAAAUAACCAAACAACCGCAGUACGGAAAACAGAAAAAACAAAAUUAUGAAGAUGAUGUGGCGAAACAUGAAAAAUAUAAUUAUGUCAAUUUUAAUUUAAGUUAUAAGACCUUGAGAAAAAAAAUGAUUUGUGUAAGACAUUAUGUAAGUACAACCAAAAAAGAAGAACGCACUUUUAAGCAAAAAUAUGAACCAAAGACAAAAGAUAAAACUCUCGCAAUUUCGAAUGAUAGUUUAGUAAAAACUUGUUCCAUAAAUUCAAAUUUAUCAAAUAUUGUGAGUGUCGAUGGAUUGUCUUCCAUGAAUUUUGAAAGCCACGGUUCACAUUGA